AUGUGACGCGAAUUGCCAAAUUUGACUGAAUCCUUUCCAGCCCUGGAAUUCCACCCCAGUCAUUCAACCAAUCAACCACACGAGGGCAUCCCUCCAGACUCCAGUGAUCCAGUCCGUGGCCGUGGCGUGCUGGACCGGCGGCUAGGCGGGCACGUCAGCCGCCAGCUAAGCGACCAACUCUUCAAAACCCCGGUCUCUCCCUCGAGCAGUCGAGCUCCUCCGGUCUCUGCCAUGAACAGCAAAUGAGCAGAGCUCCCAAGCCGUUCAAUCUCCAGAUCAUUUCCCUCUCGUCCUGCUCCAAUCCACUCGCCGGCCAUCUCCACAGGCUCGCCUCGGCUGCUGCAGCUGGGUUUUGCUCCCUGAGCCGCCGGAUUUCGACAGGGGUCGGGUCGGCCGUCCGAUGGGGAGCAGGGUGAAGGAGGACGAGAGGAACGAGAAGAUCAUCCGGGGUCUGCUCAAGCUCCCUGGCAACCGCCGGUGCAUCAACUGCAACAGCCUGGGGCCACAAUAUGUAUGCACAAGCUUCUCUACUUUCAUCUGUACUAAUUGCAGCGGGAUACACCGAGAGUUCAGUCAUCGUGUAAAAUCAGUAUCGAUGGCUAAAUUCACUUCCCAAGAAGUUUCGGCACUUCAGGAAGGGGGCAAUGAGCGUGCUAAGGAAAUCUAUUUCAAGCAUUGGGACUUGCAAGGCCCUGUUAUUGACAGUAGUGAUGUACAUAGACUCAGAAAUUUCAUCAAGAAUGUAUAUGUUGAACGGAGAUAUUCAGACCAAAGAAUUGGCGAACAUUUAGCGCAAGCAAAGAUCCAGGGUAAUCAGGACUCUUAUGGAAAUAGCAAUGCAGAUUCAUCUCCAGGAGUUUUAAGAAGUGCAUAUGUUGGAACUUAUGAAGAUAAUCACGAUCUAAAGCGCACCAAAGAAAGUCUCUCAGAAAAUCAAAACAAUUCUAAUGGACAUCCAGUGAGUAGUACAGUAGACCAAAAUAAUAAUUCUACAAUGGCGAGAGAAAAGGUCGACCUUAGAAGCCAUCUGCGUCCAGACGAUCUCUUGAAAACUGAUGGAAAGUCAGAAAAUAAUCAGAAGAAACCAUCAUCUUCGAGGACCGACGAUCCCAGCCCUGCAACAUUCAAAGAUGCUAAAUUAUAUAUGUCAAAAAAUCUGAUUGACUUCGAUUCAGAUCUGGAACCUCCUCAAGGUGUUGCUCAGACUGAUAUUCAGAAGGGCUCUUCACCUCAAACAGAUGUUGGUUGGGCAACUUUUGAUGAUGCUACAUCCAAAAAAACUACAACCAUGCCUUCAACUUCCAGUACUAAUUUUUUGGAGGGUCCAAUGCUACAGAUCGCCGAUUUGACAUCAGCACCACAAAUUAGAUUUUCAAAUGCCAAGUCCUUGUCUUUUGCCCCGUCAAAUCGUGGAAACCAACUGAACCAACAGAAUUUCUCUCCUGUGAAUACUACACAGUACAGCAAUACUCUGUUGAACAGAGCUACUAGUGCUCCAGUGCAUAGCCAGGAUAUUUUUGCAAUGAGCUAUCGUCCAGUAUCUUCAGCCUGGAACUGGCAACCAAAUCCCAGUGUAAACAUGCAGUACGGACAACAUCGCACGCAUUAUCCUGUUGGGAUUGUAAAUACAACUCAACUUGCCCAUCCAUAUCCAGUGAAUCCUGUUAGCUUGGCAGGAGGGCCUGCAUCGGCUCAUGCCUCCACCAGGUUUCCUUCUUUAACUUCUAUGCAAGAAGCAUUACCAAAUCUGGGCAGUACCGCAGUGCUGUCGCGUGCUCCAGUUCAUCAGUACAUGGUUCAGCAACAUACAGUUCAAGUACCGAAUUAUACUUUCCCCUCCGGAUAUGAAGGAACCAGAGGGAUCGCCGCAACUGCCAGCACAUACGGAUUACCUCCAAUGGAUCAGCGUUUGGCUGCGCAGAAUCUGCAGGUCAUGAACCACGGUUCUUUACCCCGAGUUGGUGGGAACCCGUUUGCUUAGUGUUGUUACUUCGGUCACCUCAGUUCGGUCGUUUGUGUAUAGUUUUAGCAUUUGAUGAUACGGUUUUGUCGUGAGAAGAUGCGAGUGGAAUAAUGUAGCUGAUCAAGCAGAGUGGCAACAAGUGCCUGACAGGUUUUGUGUAUAUGAUUUUUAUUUUCGCUAUGGAAGGUGUCGAUUGCUCCA